AUGGGGACUCGUUUACCCUCAGAAAGUUUGGUUUGGUAUCAGGUGGCACAGAACUUCGUAUCCAGUGUAACUCUUCCUGUUCUACUCUUUCAGCUUGGAUUUACUUUUGGCAACGUGGUUGGAAUGUAUCUGGCCCAGAACUAUGACAUACCAAAUCUGGCUAAAAAACUUGAAGAAAUUAAAAAGGACUUGGAUGCCAAGAAGAAACCCCCUAGUUCAUGAGGCGGACCCAGCACUGCUUUCUGGUUAUCCCGAUUCUGCUCUUCUGGAGGCCUCCUUACCAUCCGAACCAAAAAGCGUUUGUUUUAAAUUUCAGCCUCAGCAGUCUUCCUCUCUGCUAGAUCCUGUGCUGCCUGAGAGCAACAGCUGAGGCUUCGCAUUCAGAACUACCCUUUUCCAACGUCCUCCCCCCUUCCCUUCCUCCUUCCAGCCACUUGGGACGGCCUGACACUGGAAUUAUGGUGCUUGAUUAGUAAACGUGACCUCUCCUUUAUUCUUUGGGGUUUCUAGUGUUUUCUAAAGAAAAAUUGAUGAGUUUUGUAUGGCUGAUCAGAUUUCACAGUCUAACAAUUAUAAUGGGUGUUUAAACAUUUGUUACUAAAUUACGUUGUUUCACGGUAAUUAAAAUUAAAGUCCAGAAGCCACUUACUCCUGAAUUAUCCACUUACUGUAUACUGUUAUCAGGCAGCUCUAUAGCUGCUAAUUUAAUCAUUAAUCGAUUUGCUACAUUGACUGAGAAACUAUAUCCUGAGAACCCUGUCAGGAACUAGUGAGUUUAAAAAUAUGUAAAAUAAUGGCCUUUAUCCUCUGUGAAAUUCAGUCAAGUAUGCACGUUUUUCCAUAAUGAUGUCUUUGAUUCAACACUUUUCUCUCAAAAGAAUCCUCCUAUUUUAAGUGAUUAUAGGUGCAUUUGAUGUUACAUGAUGGAUAAAUGAUAACUUGUCUGUAAAGGAAAUAUUAUGCCUUUUCACAUUAAAAAAAUGUAUUUACAUUAUAACUUUAUAGUAAUUCUCAUAAGAAAACUUUGAGGGUUUUUGUUUUUGUUUUUCUCCCUGCAAUAAAAAAUCACCAUUGUA